ACACUCGGCUGCCCCAGGCCAAUCAUGCCCCGUUUUGCAGUAUGCAAAUGACAUGCUCAUCCUUCUCAGGGCGGACAUGGCUAGGCUGUCGGCGCUGAAGGAAGUGCUCGACGUAUUCUCUCUAGCUACCGAGCUGCACAUCAAUUAUCACAAAAGCACCAUGGUGCCAAUGGGUGUGCCGGCUGCGAUCAGCACUGCUCGCCCAGUUGAGUUUAGCCCUCUUCUCAUUUUUGUUUACCUGCAGAGUCCUUGGUGGAAGGAAUAUAUGAUCUGAGAAAAAUGAAGCGAUUUGUGCUAAAUUGACAUACCAGUUUACUAGUCCUUCAUACUUGCACAUGUGUUCUUUAUAUGUUGAAGUGCGUGGUAUUUGUUCUUUAUGUGCGUGAGAAAAAAAUUGAGUAUAUUGUGUAAGAUAGGAGUUGCAUGGUGUGAAUCAUUUUAGCCGUCUUCUCAUUUUGAGUAUGUUGGUGCUGGUCGAGAAGGAUUAAGCUUAUAUGUAAUAGCACGUGCCUGAUACCCUGAGGAUCAUGGAGUAAUAUUCUGCUACUUUGGAUAAUAUCUUGAUAAUAUAUGCAUACAGCUGCUCUGUCUCCCGCCGUUGCUAUGUUCUCUGCUCUGUCCAGCAAAUAGCUCCAGCAGCGCCUGCCCAAAUAGCUCCAGCAAAUAGCACCAGCAGGAGCAAAUUAACUCUGCGAGCAAUUUCCAAAUAGCACAGGGGCUUUCUUCCCCGGCAGGAUUCACAUGUACUAGGAAAUUCCCCACGGAGCUUUCUUCCCUGGGGUUAAUUUAUUCCUGCUGCCAAACUAGCCCUUAUAGUCGUCUGUCUCUCCAAAGUCCAAAGAAGUUGCUAAAUUAGGCCUUGAUUCGAGUGGUGCUACGUCUUCAUGCUCAAGGGUAAAGCUCAACCAAAAGGAAGCAUCAUUUUUUUUUCUAAACAAAACUGUAUAUAUCAGUGCAUCUUUUGUUGUUACUGAUGACCUGGAUCAGUGCAUGAUAUGAGAGUGUUCAGUGAUGCACUUAAGAAAAUAUGGUGACAAGUUUCCACAUCCUCCUACAGGCAAGUUUUACCUUGUUGACUCGGGGUAUCCUAACCAUCCCGGUUACCUAGCACCGUACAAUGGUACGAAAUAUCAUCUAUCGGAGUUUCGUAAUGGCCCAAUGCCGAAAGGGCCUGCUGCAGUACUUCCGGCUGCUGGAGGACUGCCUGGACCUCAUCCGCGACCGCGAGUCCCGGGGCAACUUCACCUACGCCGCCGUCCUCCGCACCCGCGUCGACGGCUUCUGGUCUGCGCCACUCCGCCUCGACGACCUCCUCCACGCCGCCAACACCACCGCAAACGACGACGCCUACUACGCCGUCCCGAAGGGCUCCCGCUUCGGCGGCCUCAACGACCGCCUGGGCUUCGGCGGCCGGCGCGCCACGGAGGCCGCGCUCUCCCGACUCUCCAUGCUCCCUCGCCUCGCCGCCGCGGGGUACCACGGCCUCAACUCCGAGGCCGCGUUCCGCGCGCAGCUCGACGUGGCCGGCGUCGCGGGCCGCGAGCGCCGCCUCCCGUUCUGCGUCCUCAGCGACCGCGUCUACACAUUCCCGCCCGUGGCGGGGUACUGCGUCCCCGUGGCGUCGCUGGCGAGCUAGCCCCGACCCGCUCAGCGGUGCCAAGUGCCGGUCGUGCCGCGGCGCGGAGCGUCGACGCGCUGGAGACUGGGUGGAGCUGGAUCGAGCACCGGAACGGGGCGGCCGU